AUGGAUGGGCAUGAUGCUGAUGAUGCGAAAAAGAGCACUGCUGAUAUGACUGCUUUUCAAUCCAGGUUCCAGACAAUCACUGGUUUCCUUGACUGCAAUGCACUCGAUGAAAUGGGCAACAGGAUAGAUGAGUUGGAGCAGAGCAUCAAUGAUCUCAGGGUUGAGAUGGGGGUCGAGGGUUCUCCUUCUCCUUCUGUGCCUCCCAAGGUUAAGGAAGAAUCCAAGUCAGGCAACGAUUCUGCAUAA